AAAUUUUUUUUCCCCUAAAAAAAAUGGAAAAAAAUGAUUAUUUAUUCAUUAUAAAACCAACCCUUUUAGAAUGCUUACAAUCCCGCAUUCUCUUAUUCUUUAUGCAGAGGUCAUACAGAAAACAAAAACACAAAUGGCCUCUCAUUCUCAGCACUCUGUUUUCCCCUGUUUCUUCUUCAUUCUUCUGUGCCAUUUCCUGUUGAAUAUUGCACGAUUGGUUUCAGCCCAGAAACCCGUUUUCGCCUGUGAUGUGGACAGUAAUCCCGGGUUGGCGAAUUAUACUUUCUGUGACAAGUCAUUGGACAUUAAAACCAGGGUGGAUGAUCUAGUGAAGCGGCUGACAUUGGAGGAGAAAAUCGGUUGCUUGGGUGAUGCUUCUGUCGGUGCCGGCCGGCUCGGGAUACCGAAAUAUGAGUGGUGGUCGGAGGCUUUACAUGGAGUUUCGUAUACUGGUCCGGGAGUACAUUUUAACAGCUUGGUUCCUGGUGCCACUAGUUUCCCUCAGGUUAUUCUUACAGCAGCUUCUUUCAACGAAUCCCUUUUCGAAACCAUUGGAAAGGUUGUUUCGACAGAAGCUAGAGCAAUGUACAAUGUAGGAUUAGCAGGGUUGACGUAUUGGUCCCCAAAUGUGAACAUAUUUCGAGACCCAAGAUGGGGUAGAGGGCAGGAAACUCCAGGGGAAGAUCCUACUCUCACUAGUAAAUAUGGCGCUGCUUACGUUAGAGGUCUGCAACAAAGAGAUGAUGGUGAUAAAGAUAGGCUUAAGGUUGCUUCUUGCUGCAAACAUUAUACAGCUUACGAUGUCGAUAAUUGGAAGGGAAUUCAGAGAUACAGUUUCAAUGCACUGGUUACACAACAAGAUAUGGAUGAUACAUUUCAACCUCCAUUUGAGACCUGUAUAUCCGAAGGAAAUGUUGCAAGUGUUAUGUGUUCUUACAACCAAGUGAAUGGUAUUCCAACCUGUGGUGAUCCGAAGCUAUUGGCCGGCACCAUUCGAGGAAAAUGGAACUUGAACGGGUAUAUAGUGACCGAUUGCGACUCACUGGAAGUAAUGUUUGACAACCAACACUACACAAAAACACCAGAAGAGACGAUAGCCUUGUCCUUGAAUUCAGGGCUGGAUCUUAACUGCGGAAGUUGGCUCCAAAAGUAUACCCAAUCUGCUAUACAACAAGGCUUAGUCCAGGAAUCAGUAAUUGAUAGGGCCUUAACAAACAACUUUGCAACCUUAAUGAGACUUGGGUUCUUUGAUGGAGACCCGACAAAGCUACCCUAUGGAAAUCUAGGCCCAAAAGAUGUCUGUACUCCAGCAAAUCAAGAACUAGCCCGAGAAGCAGCUAGACAAGGGAUUGUGAUGCUAAAGAACACAUUAGUCUCAAAAACAUUUCAAGGAGCAAAUUCUUAUGGACUCCCUCUGUCCCCUUCAUCCAUUAAAUCUUUAGCAGUUAUUGGUCCAAAUGCUAAUGCAACUCACACCAUGCUCGGCAAUUAUGAAGGGUCGCCGUGUAAAUAUGUUAGUCCAUUGCAAGGCCUAGCAGUCUCAGUGUCAACUGUGUACCAGGCGGGCUGUUCGGAUGUGUCCUGCGGCACUGCUCAGGUAGAAGAAGCUAAGAAAAUCGCGGCCGGAGCUGACGCAGUGGUUCUGGUAAUGGGUUCAGAUCAAUCCAUUGAAAGGGAGAGUUUGGACAGGAAUGACAUCACUCUUCCAGGACAACAAGCGACUCUAAUUACACAAGUUGCUAGUGUCUCCAAAGGACCUGUGAUCCUUGUAAUUAUGUCAGGUGGAGGUUGGGAUAUCCAAUUUGCUAAAGAUGAUCCCAAUAUUCACAGCAUUUUGUGGGUUGGUUUCCCUGGUGAAGCUGGUGGUGCUGCUAUUGCAGAUGUCAUUUUCGGUUUACAUAAUCCUAGUAAGUGUUUCCUACUAAUUUUCUCAGAUUUCAGUUAGAUUCUGUUCAUUUCAUCUAGCAAAAUAAAGACCAAUUCAGCCCAAAGGUACUAAUGCUUGAUUUGGUAGGUGGAAGACUACCAAUGACAUGGUAUCCACAAGCCUAUGUAGACAAGGUUCCCAUGACAAAUAUGAACAUGAGGCCGGAUCCUGCGACGGGUUACCCGGGCAGGACAUAUCGAUUUUACACCGGACCAACUAUUUAUAAGUUCGGAGAUGGAUUGAGCUAUUCAACAUAUGAACAUAGCCUAAUGGAAGCACCUCAAACUAUCUCCAUUCCAUUAGCUGAGGGGCAUUUUUGUUUGUCAUCAAACUGCUUGUCUGUUGAUACUGAUGAACAGAGCUGCAGUAAUUCAAGCUUCAACGUUCAUUUAAAGGUGAAAAACAACGGAAACAUGCCCGGAAGCCAUACGGUUUUCUUGUUUUCGACGCCUCCAUCGAUCCACAAUGCACCUCAAAAGCAUCUUUUGGGAUUCCAAAAGCUCCAUUUGAUAGCACAAGCAGAAGGGUUAGCUAAAUUCAGUGUGGAUGUUUGCAAGCAUUUGAGCAUUGUUGAUGAGUUAGGGAAAAGGAAAGUUGCUGUAGGAAAACAUGUACUUCAUGUAGGAGAUUUGAAGCAUUCCUUGACUGUGAGAAUUUAACAAGAAUCUCACAUCAAUGAUGUCUUUUGAACUUUAAUCCCUCCUACAACAAAAGGAAAAAGGGAAAAGGGAUGAUAUUAAUAGAUUGAAAUUUGAGCCCCAGCAAAAAAAAGUUGGAAAAAUCAUUUUAACUAGUCUUUUGUCAGUUGAAAACUUGAAAUGCCAACUUGUAUUCAUCUAGAAUCAAAACUUUGAAACUAAGAACAAGUUGAGAAGGUGAUGAUGCUGAAAUAAUGACUUCAAUAAUAUCAUAAACCUCCC